AUGUUUCCAUUCACAAGUUCCGACUUAUUGAAAGCAACGGAGUAUGUUUCUCAAUCCCCGAAGCCACAAGACUACAUAGACGCAAUGGAAAAAGAUGAUGGCAAAUCAAUCAUAUGGGAAAUAGUUAAACAGCUUCGGCCUGGUAUGUCUCUAGACCGAGUGACCUUACCCACACACAUUUUAGAGCCACGGUCUCUUCUUGAAAAGUUGACGGACUAUUUCACACACAUCGAGUUAGUGAAUGAAGCUGCCAAUCUUCCAACACCAGAGGAACGCUUUGUGAAAUUGGUCCAGUUCUUCCUCUCCGGAUUUUAUGUGAAUCCAAAGACAUGUAAAAAGCCAUACAACCCAUUGUUGGGCGAGUUUUAUCGAACGUCGUGGGAACACUCUGACGGCUCAAAAAGUUUCUUUAUAGCAGAACAGACCUCACAUCAUCCACCCAUUUCUUCUAUAUACGCCUGUAAUAGAAAAAGUGGAUGGGUCGGAGAUGGCAACUUACACUUCGUGACGACAUUCAACGGCGUGACUGCAAGUGCGGGAAUCGAAGGAACAAUUCACGCAAAAUUCACUAAGUACAACGAAGACUACACUUGGAACUUUCCGAGUGCGAUAGUGGGUGGGUUGUAUAUCCCCCCACUUGUGAUGGAGAUUGGUGGCGAACUCAACUUUGAGUGCAUACAAAGUAAAUACAAAGCGACUGUAUUGUUCAAGACCAAACCAUUUUUUGGUGAUGAUGGAUUCAGAGAAAUCGAUGGGACAGUUUACAGUCCAAAAGGGGACAAAAUAAUGAAAAUAGUUGGGAAGUACGACAAGGAACUUUUUAUCACCGAUUUGAGAACUGGUAUCACAAAAUCGUUUUUUAACGUCGACGAGCUCAAGAAGAAGACUGAAGAAAGAAAAGUGAGGAGGUACGAGAAGUUGCACCCCUUUGAAUCGGAAAAACUGUUCAAAAAGGUGUCGGACGCCAUUAUUAAUAACGACCAAGAGAAGGCAAUGAAAGAAAAGUUCGUGUUGGAAGAAGCACAACGUGCAGAAAAAAAAUUGAACGACGACAACGGAACCGAACACGUCACAAAACUCUUUAAAAAAGACGAGUUUGGGGUGUACCGAUACAAAUGGGAAAAUUGGAAUGUAUACGACGAAACUACAGAAGGAGAGGAAAUUGAAGUUGGAGGUAAACUCGUUACUUUAAAGAAGGGUGAGUCUUUGAAUGAAGAGAGAAUUAUUGAAAUAGUGAAAGAUGUGCCAUAUGUCGACUGGGAAAUAGAUCAAGAACCUCCACACAUCAUGAAGAGCUUCAGGUUUUUGUUGGAAGACGAUACAAAUAAGAACAAAAGUGAUGGUGUGAGUAUCUUAUGA